CGGGAAAGUUCUGCCGGGUUGGAAGCUGCUAUUCUCGGCAGACGGGAUCUGGAUCAGAGGAGCGGCGCGUCACCGUGGUGGGCGUGGCUAGCCGUGAAGAAUAACGCCUGUGUUCUCCGUUACGUUGCAGUCUGAGUAGCGGAGCUGAACCGCUGACCAUCUGGGUCUGGAUCCGGGUGAUGGGAGACAAACAGGAGAGAAACAGAUAAUUUUUUGGACUCCGUCACCUUUUUGUUACUGCAUCUUCAAGAUCGAUCCUCGUCUCCGGGCUGGUUCGUUGCAGGACAACUCCGGCUCUCUCCAACUAUGGAUUGCCUAAUUGAAGUUGGGCCACCUGAUCCUAUUUGCCCCAGGCCAGCCCCGUGAUAUUAACGAAAGAGGAGAAGUCGUUAUGAUCAGUUGUGCAAGCGGUGGAUUUCCUGCGCGGAGAGACAACAAUUUUAUCUUCAGGAUACAUUUUCAUUUGUGCAUGAGUGGCAUCGACACAACGGAGUGAAGUAAUUGACGUAAUGUUCUAGCAGUUACAGAGAAACUCUUUAGUUAGUGUAGUGAGUUUGUCCUAGCUUUUGUUUCUUCUCUAUUUUCUUGGAGGCGCAGGCCGAUUGCGCAACACAGUUUUAAGCUGCUCCGCAACCGCAGGACCUUAAACUCUGAUUCAUUGUAAAGCUUCUGAACUUUUCUCUGCAGCUAUCUUUGCACAGCUGCCUCUAUGGCUUUGCCGGACAGUGGUAUAUCUGGGGAGGAGGUUAUCCCUUUCCCAGAAAUAAUAGAGCUGAAUGUUGGUGGACAGGUCUACAUCACUCGCUACUCCACCCUCACAAGCGUGCCAGACUCUCUGCUGUGGGAGAUGUUCAGCCGGAAGUCAGCCAAAGGGCUGGCCAGGGACACCAAGGGUCGUUUCUUUGUGGACCGCGAUGGCUUCCUGUUCCGGUACAUCCUGGACUACAUGCGGGACCAGCAACUGGUUCUCCCGGACCACUUCCCAGAGCGCGGGCGUCUGCAGAGGGAGGCUGAGUUUUUCAACCUGCCGGAGCUCGUAAAGCUGCUGGCACCUAAAAUCAGCAAGCAGAACUCGCUGGGGGACGAGGGGUGUCCAAGCGACCCGGAGGACUCCUCACCCGGGAUCGACUCAGCGCGCAGCCUGGGCUCGCUGGGGGCCGCAGCGGCCGCCUGCGCCAGCCUAGUCCCCGGUGCCAUGGACGGAAAGCGCUCUGGGUUCAUCACCAUCGGCUACCGGGGCUCGUACACUCUUGGCCGUGACAGCCACACAGACGCGAAGUUCCGCCGGGUGGCCCGGAUCAUGGUGUGCGGGAAGACCUCCCUGGCCAAGGAGGUGUUCGGGGAGACCCUAAACGAGAGCCGUGACCCGGACCGCCCCCCUGAACGCUACACCUCGCGCUACUAUUUAAAGUUCACCUUUCUGGAGCAGGCCUUUGAUAAGCUGGCAGACGCAGGCUUUCACAUGGUAGCCUGCAACUCCACAGGAACCUGCGCCUUUGCCCAUGAGCAGACAGACGACAAGAUCUGGACCAGCUACACUGAAUAUGUUUUCUACCGUGAGUGAGACUAUCGGCUUUAUUUCCCCUGGCCCCCCUUCACCCGGUCUCCAAGAGACUACUCCCCUCUCCUCCAGCCUCCAGCCAUCCUGUCUUUCUCUGAUGGCUUUGGUCCAGUAGAUGUACUGUAGAUGUUGUGUCCUCCCAUUGUUCUUUGCAGCCUCCAGCUUUGAUCCUUCCAACAGUACCCAGCCGUUGCUUUGACUCUUCAUACCCCCCCCCCCUCCUCUGCAAGUCCAGUCUGAAGCUUUCCCCUUCAACCCUAAAUCCACCCCGGUCAUCCUCAAGUCCAGCUUCUGCCCUCUCUUCCGUCGCCCGCCAUCUAGUUGUAGUCCCCAAAACUCAGCCACAGCCACCCAUCUCUGCUGAGACUGUUACCUUCUGUGUAUUAUGCUCCUUUGUAUCCUACAUAUAAAUAACUAUUGCAUUUGCCCUGAUGAAGCACAAUACUGUAUCCAAGAGCCAAUUUUUCUUAAAAUCAUGCCCUGAGUUGUCUAUUAAACUCAAGUCGUAAUGGCAUAAAGAAAAGGGCUGAAAGAGUUGUAGUAAUGUACAAAGCUACACUUCCCCUCCUUACUCAAGCAGAUUCGGACUUAUUCGAACUCCUCUGAACUAAAUUACCAAAUAAUUGGACAUCUUAUCAGCCUUGAGGGACACGAGCAGCCCCAGCACAAGACAGGACUGUAAUCUAAUUUCCUUCGUUUUUAUUUUUUAUUUAUUUUAUUAAAUGUGACCAGUGCCAUGUGGUAUGGGAAUGUGCCGUAUUUGAUCUGUGCGGCUGUUGUUUUAAAAUGGAUGAGGCUUUCUACGGCAUUGCGGACUGGGGGGAAAUGCAGCAAAUCUAUGUUGAAAGAAGGGAGAAUAGAAAGCUGAUUGUGUGUGGAGUUUAUAUUUGAGAAAAAGGCUGGUUUUGUGGCAAAUAUACAAGCAGAGGUCCUACAUGGAAAAGUUUAAACAUUAAACAAUCUUAUAGUGUGAGAAAAUAAAAAAAGAUUUAUUGAUUGAUUGAUAUAGUGGAUAAUAUUUACCGAGUUUAGAGGAAACAAAUGUAUGAUUUCCGUUCUUAAUUUUUUUUAUCUUAAAUUAAACUUUAAAGAGCUCCUUUUCUACUCUAAAUCACGUCUUGUGAAAGCCCUAUACCACCACUUCUUGCUGUAGUCUCCAUAGCUGGACAUGUUUUUAGAUAAAAAACAAUAUUCUGAAUAAUCGGUUUAGUAUUAUUUGAAGGUUCUGCAUAUUUGAUGAUUGUGCUCACUUACUGUCAGUGAAUGCCCAGCAGAGAUAGGAUUACCCUGUCGGCAGACAAAGCCUAUUGUCUUGUCACCACUGUAGCAAAGGUUACUGUAAAUACAGCAUAAGCGGGGUGCUACUUAAAAGGAUAGUUCCGAAUUUUUAACGGAGGUUCUGUCUGUAGGUUAAUAUCUCUCCCGUUUAAAUUCAGCAUGAAUCCAAAUUAGUUUGUCCUGGAGGCUGAAGCUAAUGGUAAGAGGGGCCAAGAUUAAAGCAGACUUCUACUUUCUUAAAACAAUGUAUUCCCCAAAACAUCUUAGUCAUUUAUGAAAACUCUUUUUUUAUGAACCUUACCAUUUCUUCUGUAAUUAAUCAUCUGCUUCUCUAUAAAUAAUCGCCUAGUGUAAAGGGAACAACGGUUUAAAGGUUUAAAAAUUAGCUCAUGCAUAAACUGUCAAGAUGUUUUAGAGACUGGAGUUGUUUUACGGAGGUAGGAGUCCACUUUAGUCUUGGCCCCUGUCAGAUUAGCUAUUAGCUUUAGUCUGUGGGGCCCUGCUCUUCUGGAUUUUUAUUAAAUGAAGACACCAAGAAAGUUAUUUACUUCAAGUAAAGUAGUAUAUUAAUUGUUUAUAACCUUUUAACAGAAUCAUACUGUAGAAAUCAUGAAAUAUAACUUUAAGCUGUACAACCAGAGUGUCAGAUCUGGCAUCAGGACAGCUCUGCAUUGUCAGAUACCUCAGACUAAAUAUAUUUAAAGUCAAUUAUGCAUCCAGCUGAUAAUGUCAAAUAUGCUAAAAACAGUCUGUAGAUUCUCUAGGGCAAAAAGAUUAGUAGCUUAAAGUUAACAACAAGAUUAAUUUGAUUUGAUAAAAAGUCAAGGAGCAGGAUUCAGUCUGAGCUGUAAAUGUUAUAUCUUAAUAUCUUGGUGACCAUAACUGUUUUCUGAAAGGUUUAAACAUCACAACAUUGUGUUUCAGUGUGAUGCAACGUCUUGGAUCCCUGAGUCAGUGUGUUAAACCUGUUGCAGUGUGUAGGUUUUAUUGAAAGUUAGCAGAAGGGAAAGUGGUUUCUUAAAUAAAAACCUGCUCUCUUUUUAUUCUGGUAUAUUUUUUAUUUAAAACAAACAAAAUUAAUGGCACAGAGUGCUGUCUAAGAGUGUCUAAGGUCACCCGCAUCACUGUUCAUUUUUUUCAUUUUCAUCAAAAAUGCUGCUCAGUCAUAAGAUAAAUCAAAAUUUCCUCUUAGCCUUCCCCAGUAACAGAAAAGUCAUUGGAAAGGAACCCUACUUCCCAUUAAAUGUUUAGCUCUCUUCCCUCAGGCUCUGUUUUUCAUGUUUCCAUCUGCUUCUCUCUUUUUUUGCAUAUUUUUUAAUCAUUUUGUUUUUCUCAGCUUGGUCUCUUAUAGAGCACUUGACCAGAAAACUGAGCCAAGACAGAAUCGAGGACAUGCAUAGAUAACGAGCUCUCUUAAAGCAGUUUACAAAGCCCUUGUUUUGUUGCCAAUAACUGACCCAUUUACACCACACAGUCAAAACUGAAGACGACUGGAUUCAAAGUUAAGUGACGAACCUGUGCAGUGUUUAAGGCUUCCUGCGGUGCAACAGCUUGCCCGAUUCUGCUGAAUCAGAACAGAUUUUGUUUUCAGUCUUUUGCCUGAACGCAUUCACAGACAGCAAAGCUAUCGGCGAUUAGACUUGGAUAACAGUCAGGGUCAUGUCUAUGUAGGUAUAGCAGCAAAUAAACAAAUGUCAUUUCAUGAACUCUGACUCAUAUUUUCCUUUUUAUCGAAGCAUUAUCAAAUGCCUAUUACUUCAGCAUAAACCAAAUCUCUGUGUGGCCUAGAUAAAUGCGUCACUGACAAGCCCCAUUAAAGUUGUGAAACAUAGAAGUGGCUUCCUUCUGGGAUAAGAGAUGAUUUUUGAAUGAGGCCACAUUUUGUCCUCAGAGAAGAGGACACGCUGUCAGCGGAGCCUCCCAAACAAACAAAGCCACAGGCAGGUUUCUUCUGGCACCGUUCUCCGGCAUGCUGUGGCAACACCGGAGUACCAGGGUCAGUCAUUAGCACACACAUGGAAAGACGGGCCUCGUGCGUAAGAUUCCAGGCUCCAUUGUUUGUCUUUACCCCCAAGAAUGGCCUUGAGGUUCAACAUUCAACAGGAGUGUGGGGAGUCUUGGCGCUAAGACGUUAAACAAGAGCAGCAGUGAUUUACAAAGGCCACAAUGUGAUGAUAAACUGCUUUUUUCAACACUGUGGUGAAACGUGGCUGAAAAGCGAAACAUAUCUGUGUAUGUGCAGUACAGGAGGCAGACUCUCAUUGUGUCUAUCCAGUGUCACAAUAAAGACAUUUUAUAACGGCA